UUGAACUCAAACCUUGAUCCUGCGGGACCCUGAGUGCAUGAAGGUCCAGGCGGGAUUUAUAGGACUCGGAGCUCAUUGGGACGUCUUGACAUUCCCGUACCAGCGACGACGAGCCUCCUACACGACGAACUCCACAGUGAGUACAUCAAGAUCUGUGAUGGGAAUCCGAUAUGAGCUGUAUCACUAAGCGACGUUACAGAGAAAACAUACUCAACACGUCGAGUUCCAUCUGCCAGAGCUAUGGGAAGCAGCGAAUCCAAGCCGGACCCCGAGCUGUUAAAGAAACAAAUCGAGAAGCAGGAUCAGCAGCUCGAGGAUGAUAGGGAGGAGCAGAAGAAGACGUUGGACAUGCUCAAAGACACUACAGCUGCGAUGAAGGGGGCUUUGGAGAGGGUGGAAGACAUGACGCGCGAGCAGAACAGGCUCGUACAGCAAGUGAAUGAGGCGAGGCGACGUGCGGACGAGUCGAGACAAUUCGCAGAGCAGCGUACGAAAGAACUGGGCGAAUCUAUGCGCAAGUAGAGGAGGCGGAGAGGCAGUUGCGCAAGGGCAUACGACCGAUUGUCGUCCCUACCCAGGCGCAGCACGAGGCGACCAAGCGCAGACUAGGCUACCAGCCUGGCUUCUUCCACUUCGCGGUUGCCGGCAUUUCUGGUAGCGGCAAGUCGUCGCUCAUCAAU